AAUUGUCGCCCAGACUGUGAAUGAGUAUAGAGGCAUCGUCAAUCUUUCGGCUUUCCACACAUUGCGCUCUGCAAAGCCCGCAUUGUGUGACAUUCCCAUAGUAUUCUUCGUUUCUGAGUAGCCAGGUGCGACGUCUCAAGCCGCUUUUUCCCAUCGUUUUCGGCCAUCCACAUAGCUCCGUAGCACAGCAGCUGAUUAUCAUUCAAAACAUUGAAUCUCAACGCUUCACAUCUCUCCCCAACAUACUGAGCUCGACACAGGCGACAUCACCAACAUGCCACCCCCUCCUCCACCUCCACCGCCGCCUCCGCCAGGCAUGGGUGGCCCGCCUCCCCCUCCACCACCACCGGGCGGUUUACCCGUGCGACCGCCUGCCGCUGCAGGUGCUGGACGGGGCGCUCUUCUAGGCGACAUUACGAAGGGGAGGGCUCUCAGGAAAGCAGUCACCAAUGAUCGAUCCGCACCGAUAGUAGCAAAGGAGCCUGGAAGCGGAGGGGCACCGGCGAUAGGGGGGGCUCCCCCUGUGCCAGGGUCAGCACCGCCAGUCCCAGGAGGACUUCGAACAAGGAGCGACAGUGACCAUGCCAGCCGGGACGGCGCGCCAGCGACAACAGAUCCGGCACCCCAGCUGGGAGGGUUGUUCGCAGGUGGGAUGCCCAAGUUGAAGAAACGUGGAGGCGGCGUGGAUACCGGAGCAUCUCGCGGGUCUUCGUAUAUAUCAGAUAUGGAGUCACCACAGAGCUCAGCACCGAAGCCGCCGCCAAUGGGUGCGCCGAAACUACCAUCCGGAGCGGCGCCGGCGAUACCUGGCCGUGCUGUUCCACCGGCACCCGGAGGCCCCUCUUUCCACCCGUCGAUAGCAAAUUUAAGGAAGACUGGCAGUGAAAUGCCCCUGCCAGUGUCUUCGGCUUCGACGAAAGGACCACCACCACCCAUUGGGAAGAAGCCCCCUCCACCCCCAAGCUCUCGCAAGUUUUCGUCAGUUAUGUCCGGUGCACCACCACCAGUACCAGGUGCCCCGGCCCCUCCCCCACCCCCGUCUUCAGCGCCCGCACCUCCAGCUCCACCUCCUCCACCCCCAUCUGCCGCUCCAUCUCUUCCUUCGACACCUGCACCCCGACCCCCCGUGGCUCCUUCCCGGUCACAACCUCCCCCACCACCACCGCCCCCACCCGGAGCGUCAUCUACUACAAACGGUAGCUCGCAAAACAUCGCCCUUCAGGCGGCUAUUCGUGCUUCAGGAGGGCCGCCCUCACCACCAGGUGUACCGCCAGCUCCCCCUCCUCCACCACCUCCAGUUGCGGCGCCUUCACCUCCAUCAUUAACUCCUCACCCUCCAGCCCCUCCGCCGUCAGCGCCAAUAAAACGGCAACGCGCGCCCUCGAAUUUACGCUCAUCCAUGCUUGACCCCAGCGCCUACACCCUAUCCCACAACGGCGCCAAGAGCACGUCUCCAACGCGGUCAAACACAACCGCCGGCGGCGUUAUGAGCCCCAGGGGUGGCGGUCACACAAGGUAUAUUAUCGAGGACAAUCGUUGGAGGUUUACGGACGAGACUAUGUUACCUAAGCCCAGGCCAUUCCAGGGUGGCGCCAAGAGGUAUCGCGCAGGACGUGGCAGCAGUGUUCCUUUGGAUUUGAGUGCUCUUUAGGGAAGUGCGCGCAAUGGAAGAAGGGCACGAGGUAAGAGUGAAGGAAGUAGCUUGCGGUUUUGGAGGAAGGAAGAAAAUGGGACGAUAAUCUCUGGUUGAACCGGCUGCUUCUCAACUAUUUACCUCGUCGCCGUUCACAGGGUCAUCCGGGGGGGUUGUCUUGACAAGGCAAGAACAAACCAAAGAGUAAUGGGGGCGUUCUUGGCCAUGAGUCUGCCAUUCCUCGCAAUUUACUGAUGUUGCGAAGGAAUUGAGCCAGCAGCUAGCAUAAACAUGUUGAAGUAUUGGUGAGCGUGGACGGUGCUAAUACGGAGAAUUUGUACACUAUGAGACCAAAAACUUGAGAUGAAUAAAACUCAUCGCUUAUCACAACAUACUUCACAUUGCGAAAACAAUUCGCC